AGGGGUAAAAGGGGAGCGAAGCCGCCAGUUUCUCGCCGACAGCCGCGCCGUGAGCACGCCUUGUGAUGAACCUCGCGUUUUGACGCGACAUGGCCUCGUCGACGACCGGCAACAUCGUAGUCGAGUGGUUGCGUUCGCUCCACCUGGGCCAGUACGCGGAGAGUUUCUUAGACAAUGGAUAUGACGAUUUGGAAAUAUGCAAACAGGUCGGAGAACCGGAUCUGGAUGCUAUUGGUGUCCUCAAUCCAACACAUCGUCAAAGACUGCUGCACUCUGUAAGAAUUCUUAGAGAGGAAGGUGCAGCGGCUGUUUACUUUACUUUGGAGGAAGCUGCCGCUGCCCGAGAUCCUUGCAGGUGUGAGGAGGAACCUCGAAAGGAAACAGCAACAGUUGCAAUAGAACCUGCAAAGUAUGUUGAUGAAUAUGAGGAAGGGAAGGCUGAACUGGUAAAAAUACCGCGAAUUCAACUUAAACGUCUGCUACGUGAACGUCUAGCUCAGGAUGGAAUACGUCUGAGUCUGCAGCCAUAUUCAACCACGGAUGGAGACCGAGGCUAUUUAGAAGGCCUGGCUUCGCGGUAUGCCGAUUUAUUUUCAACACAUUACGGAGAUGUACUAGAUCAUCUGGAAGAACUUAGGAGACAUGAAUGGGAUGAAAUGUCUCCUCGGAUGAGAGUCCUCGGCGGCACCGGGACACCUCAAACACCACCUUCAGCUAGUCCCGGUUCAUUGGCCUUGAAUAAUUUGACCACAUCCCACUCUCAACCUAUUUACGUACCAGGAAAAUAUUCGCCGUCAAGCUGUCUCACAGACAAGGAAGAAGACGAUAUUUACGGAUUCGGGUAUGGCGUGUUUGGCAAGCAAAUGUUGCAAAGACAGCAACAACAAAAACAACUUCUCCUUGCUCAACCCACGCAACCUUUGAUGCACAAUCAACAGCAUAAUUACCAGAGUUGUCUAAGUCCACGAUCAGCUUACUUUUAUGAGUUUCCGCCGAGUGAUAACUGUCUGGGUACUGCUAAGAAGAAGGUUACGACAUUUUCGAGAUUGCUUCGCGGGUUGAAGUCACAUAGAAAAGAGAAACAUGGCUCCUGUUCGCCGAAACAUUCCCACAGUCCACGACAAGGGUUGCCUCCUCAGAGGGUUGAUACACCGGACAGCGUGCUUCAAAGUGGCUUGGGCUUAGGCCCUGGCCCUGAUACAGCUUUGAGGUCUAUGGUAGAUCCAAGAGACUAUGACCGCCUCCGCUUCUUUCAAAUGAGUGCCGCCCAACCAAACACCUUCGAAGAAACGAUACAUAGGUUAAAAGUUCAGGAAGCAAUGAAGAAAAAAGAUAAAUUGGCGAGAGAACAAGAAGAGAUUUUAAGAGACAUAAGACAUGGUCUGAUGAACAUGGGGAGAGAUGGUGUCCGCGGGCCGUUUGGAGACGACACAUACAUGUAUGACGAUGAAGCAAGAGGGCUUUCCGGAAGGGGGCACUGGUACGAUGAGCCACCCUAUGAAAGCGACCCUGAAGACUUUUUAAUGGGUGGUGGCGGUCCUGCAGCCUCAUUUCAAAAUGGACGAGUUUGUUUUACAUUAAAUUUACGAAAUGAGUCAAGAGGUGAAGGUGUGAUUUCCCUACGAACUGCCGGUGAUAUAAGUUUAGCAAGAACCCCUAGAAGAGGAUUAAUAAUUCCGCAAAGCGGCCCCUACCCAACCACUGUGAUACCCUUACGAACAGCGAGAGAUAGGGAAAGCGGGGAUUAUGCGGCAUCCGACAUCCAAUCUAUCGGCUCGAGGUUGUCCGGCAUAUCGCUAGAAUCAAGUCGAUCCGAACGGGACUGUAGAAGGGGUUAUAGGCAAAUGUCAGGCUAUCGGAUAGGAAUCGACCCUUUAUCGCCAGCGUCCUCAGACUACGAAGAUCAAGAAAGUGAAACAGAUUCACAGCAUAUAGCAACUGUACAUAAGUCAGCAGAAGAAUGUGACGGUGUAUCAAAUCUUGCUGGUAAAGUCAGAGGUCUUAGACAAGAUGUUCAAAGAAAAAUUUCAAGGUUACGUCAAGAAGGAGGACCUGUCAUCUCUUCCGAUAGGCGAACUAGUGGCGAUCAAGCUUUUCCAUGUUCUAAUAGUUCUUUUGAAAGUCUUCCCAGCGGCUCAGGCAGUAGCACCCAGGCAUUGGUUCGUGCCGGUAGUAAUCAUUCGUCUCUCUCGGCAGAAGAAAACAUAGAAUUAAGUCCAGCUGGGCGGAGUCUACUCGUACCGCAAAUGCUGUGCCGCGCUCGAGCACUCGUCGAUUAUGUCCCCAACAUUUAUGAAAAGGACGCCUUAAGAUAUAAGAAAGGAGAUAUCAUUGAAGUUAUUAACAUGAAUGCGUCCGGCAUUUGGCGAGGUGUUCUAAACAAUAAAGUUGGAAACUUUAAGUUUGGAAAUGUUGAAGUUCUAUCCGAACGGGAUACAAUGAGGUCAAGAACUUCUAAAUGGUGCAAAAGUCGAGAAAGACUUUGGGAGACAAGACCGCGUACAGUUGAAGAAUUAUUGAGGCGAAUAGAUUUACCUGAAUAUAUGGUUGCGUUUUCAAGAAAUGGUUACGAAGACAUAGAACUUUUUAAGGAGAUUGAACCUUCCGAUUUGGAUUAUUUAGGUAUAAUGACCCCUGAUCAUCGAACACGCAUCCUCGCCGCCGUACAACUGCUACACCAGCUAGAAAGUGGCGAAGGUGAAGGUGAGGGUGACGGAGGUGGUUCCAGUUCGGAAGGAGGUGACUCUCCGUUUGGUCGUCGUCAAUUUCCAAGAGAUUCUGGCUGUUACGAAGCUGGAGUUGGUGUAGGCGGUGUUAGAGUACGCACAUCUCCUCUCGUUCAUAGAACGGAUGAACCCUCCCACAGGCCUCCUGAACCAGCUCCUCAAGCAAAACGUUCUAUUCGUCGUCGACAACCGGAUGACGCUGAAUGUGACAGAAUCGAAAAGUACCCCGGCACAAUCGGAGAGAAAACUAACGUACGUAGCGGGGGUCUGCCGGGAGGCGCUAGAGAUGGCACAUGUGAGUCCGAUCAUAAAUUGAAUGUUGUCAAGUUUGUAGCCGGAGGAGAGCCUUGCGCUUCGGAAAAGAGUAGCGACUCGGGUGUGAGCAGCUCUUCUUUGAGCUCGGCGCAUCCUCAUCGUCCCUGAGCUAGGCCUACCGCGCCCGCGCUGGCUUAAACGUUGGCGCGGACGCGAGCGCACAGCGCAUUGUUGCUCGCAUCACCCCCUCACUUGGAACCGGUUCUACAACAAGACUAAAAAAUAUUUUACAGUCUCUCACCCUUUACCAUUUUUAUUUCGUUCAAAUUAUUUGCCGUUAUAGCUAAAAUUACAUAAAACGUAUUUUUAACUGUAAUAGAAUUUUUACCACAGGACUGCCAAUUAUAUUCUCAGAUUAUAAUUAGUAAUCAAAAAUAUAUUUGAAUUUAGAUUUAAGACAAUACAUACACAUUAUUUGUUAGUAUAAAUAUAUAAAAAUCAAAUAAAUAAUUAAAUUUCUAAGAAUUAUUACUUUUAAACAAUUUAAGACUGAUAUAGACGUCUCAUUCAGCUUUAUAUUUAUUUACAAAUUUUUAAUUGAUUCUUAAUCAUUUUGGGUGGUGAUGGUAAAAAGGAUAAUACAAAUUCAAAGCACCUUAACAUGACUGACAAGAGAAAUAUGUCUCACUGGAUUAUUUUACUAUUAUUAACUUGUAAAAUAUUAUACUCUUAAUGCAUUUAAACAUUCAUGGUAGCGUUUUUGCUAAAUAGAAGAUGUCCUAUGUUUGUUUAAGGAUAGAUAAUUAAGUCUAAUAGUUUAAAUGUUUUCGAACGACUGCCAGCGAUAGUAUACUAAAAGUAUCGAAGCUUGUUAAAUCAUGUCGAUUCCCUCUGGGUAAAUUUUAUUUAUAUAUAUUGAGGCCUAAAUUUUUGUUAAUAUGCAAAAUUUUCGGUCUAUAUAAAUAUAUUAUAUCUACUUUGAUUUGUUGAUAUUGGCAAUGCUUUAUAAACCCAUUCCCUCAAUUUAAAAAGCAUAUCAUGAUACAAGCCUAUUUUUGUAGUUUUAGUUGCUAUUUUAAGCGAUUUAUACUUUGUUAUACAGUUCGCAGUUCUAUUCUGUCCCGCUGUUUGCUGGUUUUUAUGUAUUUGUACAAUAUUAUUUUUAAAUUGAUUUAAAAAGAAACAGAGUAUAAAUCGUCAGGUUGCAUUUAAUUUAUAUUAAGUAAUUGACGGCAAUAAGUCAGUUUAUGGUGAAAUUUGAGGCGUUUUAAGCGCAUUUUUCAUAGCAAUAUUUGUAUAUAAAUUAGAUAGGUUAAUUAUUAUUAUACGUUGAAAUUUUUGUAUCUUUUUAAGAGAGCUUUAUGCGGUGUGACGCAUGUACAUAAAUGUUAGAGAGUAGAUGACGAUUAUUACUUCGUGAAAUUUAAAAUUUCACAUAUCUUGCAAUUUAAUGGAUAUAAAAGUGAACCCCUCAUAUUCGCAAUCCGAUUAUUAAAAUUUUAUCAUCAUUAUUAAAUACUACACUUGUUUUCGUUACUGAAACAACAUAAUAAUAUAAAUAUAGUUUAUUAAUAUGCAAUAAACGAUUCAUUAAUUCGUUCUUCAUUUAUUUUCUUUUACCUUCUACAUCCCAUUUAGUUCUGCACUCAACAUUAAAUUAUUUAUUUUAAUAUUUUAUGUUUUAAUGUACGUCUAUUAAACUGAUUUGACCCUUAAAAAUACUUGACAACCGCCAAAUUAGUACGGCAAUAAAUUUCAAAAUUUACAUUACAUUGCCAUUAGUGUUGCUGAUUGUAUUUUUAAAUGUUUUAAUUCUAAAAUAUAAUAUUGUAUGCGAUGAUCGGUGUUCACUUUUUAAGAUUUGUAUAUGAAAUUUUUCGAUAACGACCGUGAGCUAGUCCGAAAUAUAAAAUGUACAUAGAUAGAUGUUUGUUACCUGUAUAUUGUAGAUAGAAUAUUAUUCUUUUGACAAUUAUUGUAUAUUAGUAUUUCAUUCAUUCUAAAAUAAUGUUAAUGCUAUAAUUUAUAGUGAAAUUAUGUUAAAAACGCUCAGUAGAAUAAAAAAAAAAUAUCAGACGGAUUUCUAAGUUUUUUUAAUGUGAUUGCGAUACUUAAUUUUUAUUAUACGACCUGUUUUGUUUUUCUUAGCCGUACAUUGCAGGAACGGUACUUUCUGUAGCCAUAUUUAUAUUUUUUUAAAACGGACAUUAUGUGUAAGUUCCCAAUUCUUCAGACAUGGGUUCUAAAUGAAUAAAUCCGACAUUAAUGUGAAA